UCUUCUGAGUGAUUCUCCACAGAAAGACACAAUGGGCAAAGCAAGAACUUCUUGUGUCCUUCUUCUAUCCCUUCUCACUCUUUCAUUCUUUGUGCCUAAAACCUCUGCAAAUAAGCAACUUCAAACUCUUAACAAACUGCAAAAGUCCAUGUUUUUCAAAGGAAUUUCACAAACUGAGAGGACUGAGUUUGAGGUUGAAGAGGUUGUUCUGGAUGGCAUUGUCGAUUCUGAAAAGGGUCUCAAAGAAAAAGACAGAAUUGGAAGACUCCCAGGGCAACCCCAAGUGAGUUUUUCUCAGUAUGGAGGCUAUGUAACUGUCGACAAAGUUGCUGGUCGUGCCUUCUACUAUUACUUUGUCGAAGCUCAACGUUCUAAACACACACUCCCUCUUCUUCUUUGGCUCAAUGGAGGCCCGGGAUGUUCUUCUCUUGCCUAUGGAGCAAUGCAAGAACUUGGACCCUUUAGAGUAAACAGUGAUGGAAAAACACUGCACACAAAUGCAUUUUCAUGGAACAGAGUUGCCAAUGUUCUGUUCCUGGAGUCACCUGCUGGAGUAGGGUUUUCAUACUCAAACAAAUCAGCAGAUUAUGCUUUGAAUGGAGAUAAGAAAACAGCUGCAGAUAAUUAUUUAUUCUUGGUGAAUUGGUUGGAGAGAUUUCCUGAGUAUAAAAACAGAGAUUUCUUCAUUGCUGGAGAGAGCUAUGCUGGGCAUUAUGUGCCUCAACUUGCAUACACCAUUCUCCAUCAUAACAAAAAGGCAAAUAAAGCAAUCAUCAACUUCAAAGGAAUCUUGAUUGGGAAUGCAGUGAUCAACGAAGAAACUGAUUCGCCAGGAAUGUACGAUUAUCUUGCUAGCCAUGCAAUCAUUUCAGAUGAAGCAGCUUAUAUCAGUAAAUCUUGUGAGUCCUCGUCAAAGAUUGGGAAAAGUCAGUGCGAUGCAGCAGAAACAGAAGUUGAUAAUAACAUUGGAUAUAUUGACUUAUAUAAUAUUUAUGCUCCACUCUGCAAUAGUACAAAACUCACAUCCCGGCCAAAAAGAUAUUCUAUUGUCACUGAUCCAUGUAGUGAGAAUUAUGUGCAUGCGUAUAUUAAUAGAAAAGAUGUUCAAGAGGCUCUCCAUGCCAAUGUCACCAAUCUCAAAUAUGACUGGGAACCCUGCAGCGAAGUCAUUACCAAGUGGGUAGAUAGUGCUUCAACAGUUCUUCCAAUUUUACAUGAAUUACUCAACAAUGGCCUCAGGGUUUGGAUUUUCAGUGGUGACACAGAUGGAAGGGUGCCUAUUACUUCAACCAAGUAUUCGGUUAAGAAGAUGGAGCUUCCCGUUGAAAAAGUUUGGCACCCUUGGUUUUCCCAUGGAGAGGUUGGUGGAUUUGCAGAAGUAUAUAAGGGAGGCCUAACAUUAGCUACGGUGAGAGAAGCAGGGCAUCAAGUGCCAAGUUAUCAACCCGCAAGAGCCCUAACUUUGAUCAAAUAUUUCUUAGACGGCACUCCUCUUCCUGGUCCUCCCAAAAGACAUACCUAGUUUCUUGGAAUCCCGUUUCCAAUAAUUAUUGCUGUAAUGUUUAAUUUGAAGGAAAAUAAAUACAAUUAUAGUUGGGUUUA